GAGUGAAAUAAUCACGGGAGGGACGUUGAAUAAUAUACAAUCAAACUUUAUUAUUCCCCUUGAAAUGGAGCAUAUUAUGGUAAACCAAUCUAAAAGAAAAACUAGGUGUUUCUGAAAGAAUCCUAUUUAUUGAUUUAUCUAUUGUUUUUUUUUUUCUUAACACAACUGAUCAAUAAAUAUUUGCAUGUACAAUGUGUAUAACUGAAUACAUAUUUUUACUUAGUAUCGUGAAUUCUAGAGAUAAUAAUAACUUAGAUUAAUAAAUGAAAUAUAGGUAUUGUCAAUCGUAGAGUAAACAAUUAGCCGGAAAUUAUGAUACGGACGCCCAAGAAGACAAGUUAACAAACCCCUUUACGUGUUUCUUUCUUUUAUUGUGGCGAGAAAAAAUACACAUAAACAUACACAAAGACAAAAAUAAAUAAAUAAAUACACAAAACAAACAAACAAAACAACCCCCAACAACAACAAACAAAACACAUGUUGAAAUCCGAAAGUAAAUAUUAUGAAAGGUAACCCAUGCUAACUUGAUCAUUUUCAUCACAGCGGUCCAAACAUCAAUCAUGAUAAACCCCGCCCCCAUUGUCUCUUAUCUUAUUAUAUAAAUAUUGGACACUCUUUAAUCCAACGUAGUAUUGCAUAGACGCAUGUGCCAUCAGUCUUAAUGCUACCUGGAAUUGUGAACAUGCUAAAUUUGGAUGGACAAUGAAGUAUCUGUUGACUCUGAUAUUAGUCACAUUCCUGAGUGGAGGGGUAGGGAGCCAGCUGCAGGCUUGUGGGUCUGCGCUUACCGACAUUUUGUCACUCGUCUGCAGAAAUCAGUUCCACGAGCCUAUGAAGAGAAAUCACUUGCCAGUGGGCGAUAAUCCGUUAGUCAGAUAUAGGAAACGACAAACAUCUCCUGUGGAACAGAAGAGAGGAGGCGUGGUAGAAGAGUGCUGUUUCUCGAGCUGUUCCUAUGAAAAUCUGCUUCUCUAUUGUUCACAGAGCGUGGAACCCAUUGACAUUUUCACGGCAGCCCGUGAUGGAACAACGACUACAUUACGUCAAUCAACAACACGAACAAAUACAACACCAUCACCAACAACAGCAGCAGUAGCCAUACCAACCGACAAAUCGCAACAUCAAGCGGAAAUGGACGACAAAUCCGCGUGGGCCUUGUCUAGGAGAUGGUUUUAUGUCAACAGACUCGGAAGAUUUCGCGGGCAAGGAGGAAGAAGAAUAAUCAAUAUGUGAUACGUUGUUGACUCUGAUGAUUGCAUUAUCUCUUAAUACCCGGAAUUAGUGAUAAUGACCGACAUAUGGCUGUAUUAAACAGACCAAGAAAGAUCAACAGCAGCCAAAGUUCAGACAAUAUUUUGGAACUCAAGGCAAAUUGAUAUUUUUUUUAGUAAAAUUGAUUGAAAUUGAUUGGUUUCUACAAAUAUCACCUGUUGUCGGAUAUUCUAUGAACAUCACAUUUUGUCAGACAUAUCAAUUACCAGGAAAUCCAUAAUACUCCUCUCAGUACCACUUGCUAGAAUUUCAUUACUGCUCAUAUUUCAUUAUAAACAAAGAAAAUUUCUGAGGAAACCAAAAAAGAUUUUUUUUUAUUAUUAAAACAAACUACAUGUACAUAUGAAAAACUUUAUUGAAAAAAAAAAAGAGAAUUCUGCUUCAUCGUUAGGUACAUUUGUAGUAAGGAUGUACAUGUACAUGUAUUGCAUAGUAUGGACUGGUUCCUCUUCGUCCAGUGACCAACACCAGUUUAAAAGAUUAGACAACAAUUAUCAUACUGCGUAUUUGUUUGUUUUUUUUAAAUGUAUUUAUCAUACAAUCGUCGAAAACCGAAAAUUUUUCAAAACAUAUUUGCUUGAUGAUAUCGGAACAUUAAGAAAAUCAUGAUAUGAAAAAAUUAAAAUACAAAUAUUUACGUAUACACAUACACUUUAUGUAUGAACAAAAAGAUUAUUUUUAUGAAUUCACCCACAUCUUGCGAGUGUUUUGUGUAUGUAUUUAUGUUGUGCAUUGGUGUCCUCAGGUUUUAUUGAAACUGUUUGUACUUUCCUUUACUUUGUUUCAUAUUUUACCAAAUCCCAAUGCCCCCUUGUUCUUUGCUUUGUACAAUAAAUUUUUUGUGCAAAAAGCCAG